AUGGCGAACCAGCGACGAGCCCGUAAAAAUCAAAGUAAAACAAAUCAAAGGAUAAACAGGGAUAACAAACACAGCAGGGAAAGCGCUGAGGAAGAGGAAACGCUCAACUGUACCUGCCAGCGUCCGUACGUAGACGGAGAGCUGGUCGUCUGCUGCGACGCCUGCACGGAGUGGUUCCAUCCGACUUGUGUCGCUCUUUCGCACGAGGAAGCUGAAGCGUUACCGGUGUUCGUGUGUCCAGGGUGUUUGGAGGAAGCGGCUGCUGCCACAGCAUCUGCAGAGAAACGCAAGCUUGCGAACAAGUUUCGCGAAGCACACCUGCGCUACGUGCAGCAGAAGCGUCAACGUCGGUACGAGCACCGGCAAUCCGUUGAGGCAGCAGCUGCUGCUGCUCUGCAAACGCACCAGAGCAGCUCGAGCAGUAGUAGCGGACUUGCAGAGGACCCGCUCGUCUCCAGAUGUGGGGUCUCAGUACCGCCCGAGCGCGUUGUUUCGGAGACAGCGUCGGCUCCGAAGAAGCGCCGCCGUCCGAGCGCAAACGAAGCAUCUCCUGCUUCUGAGCCGGGGCCGGCUCCCGAGCAGGAGUCGACGCCCGUAUCCCCGAAGAAGAAGCGGGUGAGCGGGGAUGGAAAACCUGUAGAGCCCAUACGGCAAAAGGCACGCCAAAUGCUGUAUGAAGCGCUACGUUCCCCAGUUGCCUAUGAAAUAGAAUCGGCCUUAUUUGAGCUCAUGGAUCACAAGGUUCACGAUGACUACCGUGCUCGUUUACGGAACCUCGUGGCCAACCUGCGCGACCAGCGAAACGACGAACUUCGCGAAGCCGUGAUCAGUGGCUCGAUAUCUCCGUCCACACUAUGCCAGAUGAACUCAGAGGAGCUGGCUUGCAAGGAGCUUCGCAUCAAGCGCCAAGAACAGCUAACACGUGCAGAAAAGCUCCGCGUCAUUGAGAGCGCUGAACAAGUUGGUCUCAUUUUCAAAGAGGUUCCGCCAGCGAAUGCACGUGAUUCAGAUGACCCCGAAACGAUUCACGCUCUUGAUGCAAACAUAGAUACUCGAGAAAAUUCGAGUGAAGCGCCCAAAGUGCUACCAUCCGCGGAAACUGCAGAGCAAGGCAGCGCGACCCGGACAUUGUCUCCCGAUGCGCCGCUUUCACCUGCACAGAACGACAUGAUCGCGCACGCCAAGGAUACCACUGAACCGCUGAGCGCUGCCGAUUGCCCCUCUACACAGACCGACACGACCACUGUUCACGAAACAACGUCAGCAACGACUUUGCAGGCGGAGCAGACGCAUCUCCCGCCGCGACUCCCCGCAGAUUUGGAACCCGUUCGAUGCUUUCAGGAGAACGCUUUUACGGUCUACGAGGCGGAGCCGCUGGAAGCUGCACACACACCGGACGACACGUCGACGCCCGAAUCUGAUCCAUACAUGCCCGUAACCCAGCCAGCACCAUCAUAUGCAAAGCUCGAAAGCGAAACGCCUGCAUUGCCGUCAUCCUUGCAGGUCUUCCAGUGGCACGGCAAGAUCGCCACCGGUGCUGCCCCAGCAUUUAAACCUGUUCUUUACGUGGGUCGAAACUAUCCUGCGUCCAUGAGCGAGCUCACCCGGCUCGCAGAGCUUCUGGGUGGCCACACCGUGCAACUCAACGAGAUGGCACGAAUACGUCAGCGAGACGCACUUGCCUUCAUUCGCGACGUUCGGGAGCGUUCCAGCUCCCGGCGGUUGCUUUUGUUUCACGUUGGCUUGAAUGCGAUGGAUACCGAUGCCGCGGCUCGUUGCCUCAAAGCCGUGAACGAAUUUCGGAAGCGAGAUCGUGCUUCCUUGUUGAUGCGAAAUGAUGUGCUGGAGUUGUACUUGUUGCCAGUCACGGACGACACCGCAGCCUAUGUAGACGAGGUCUGCAAUCCGGACGGAGCGCUUCUCGCUUGUGUCGUUCGUCGAGACGCGCUCGAGGCACCGCUGCGCUCCGGAAUGAAUGUCGACGCGGGAGGCGCCUCAGCAGAGGUCGCUCAACCGCCGGGCUUUGACAUCAGUCUCGCUUUGCAGAUCCUCAGUCGACAAUAUCGCCCUUCAUAA